ACUCCGGCUGGCGCCGCCGCCUCGCGCGCUCCUACUACGCCGCGACCGUCCGGGGGGGGGGGGGGGCUGCUCCUCCCAAGUACCAUGUGUGACGGCGCCCUGCUGCCUCCUCUCGUCCUGCCCUUGCUGCUGCUGCUGGUUUGGGGACUGGACCCGGGCACAGCUGUCGGCGACGCGGCGGCCGACGUGGAGGUGGUGCUCCCGCGGCGGGUGCUCCCCGAAGACGUGCACCUGCCGCCGCUGCCCGGCGCUCCAGGGCCCCGCAGGCGCCGGCGCCCCCGCGCGCCCCCAGCCGUCCCGCGCGCCCGGCCCGGCGAGCGCGCCCUGCUCCUGCACCUGCCGGCCUUUGGGCGCGACCUGUACUUGCAGCUGCGCCGCGACCUGCGCUUCCUGUCCGGCGGCUUCGAGGUGGAGGAGGCCGGCGCAGCGGGGCGCCGCGGACGCCCCACAGAGCUGUGCUUCUACUCUGGCAGCGUGCUCGGCUACCCCGGCUCCCUCGUCUCGCUUAGCGCCUGCGGCGCCGCCGGCGGCCUGGUUGGCCUCAUCCAGCUUGGGCAGGAACAGGUGCUAAUCCAGCCUCUCAACAAUUCCCAGGGACAAGAGCAUCUGAUCAGGCGCAGAUGGUCCUUGACACCCAGCCCCUCUGCUGAGACCCAGAUAUCUGGGCAACUCUGCAAGGUCCUAACAGAAAAGAAGAAGCCGAGGAGGGGCUGGCCGUCACGAGACUGGCGGGAGCGGAGGAAUGCCAUCCGGCUGACCACCGAGCACACAGUGGAGACGCUGGUGGUGGCCGAUGCUGACAUGGUGCAGUACCAUGGGGCCGAGGCCGCCCAGAGGUUCAUCCUCACUGUCAUGAACAUGGUAUACAAUAUGUUUCAGCACCAGAGCCUUGGAAUUAAAGUUAACAUUCAAGUUACCAAGCUUGUCCUGCUACGACAGCGUCCUGCCAAAUUGUCCAUUGGGCACCAUGGUGAGCGGUCCCUGGAGAGCUUCUGUCACUGGCAGAACGAGGAGUAUGGAGGCGCACGGUACCUUGGCAACAAUCAGGUUCCAGGAGGCAAGGACGAUACGCCCCCCGUGGAUGCCGCUGUAUUUGUGACCAGGACAGAUUUCUGCGUACACAAAGAUGAACCUUGUGACACCGUUGGAAUUGCUUACUUAGGAGGUGUGUGCAGUGCUAAGAGGAAAUGUGUGCUUGCCGAAGACAAUGGCCUCAAUUUGGCCUUUACCAUCGCUCAUGAGCUGGGCCACAACUUGGGAAUGAACCACGAUGACGACCACUCCUCCUGCGCUGGCAGGUCCCACAUCAUGUCGGGAGAGUGGGUGAAAGGCCGGAACCCCAGCGACCUCUCCUGGUCCUCCUGCAGUCGAGAUGACCUUGAAAACUUCCUCAAGUCAAAAGUUAGCACUUGUUUGCUGGUCACAGACCCCAGGAGCCAGCACGCGGUGCGCCUGCCCCACAAGCUGCCAGGCAUGCACUACAGCGCCAAUGAGCAGUGCCAGAUCCUCUUUGGCACCAACGCCACCUUCUGCAGAAACAUGGAGCAGCAUCUGAUGUGCGCCGGACUGUGGUGCCUGGUGGAAGGAGAUACAUCCUGCAAGACCAAACUGGACCCUCCCCUGGAUGGCACAGAGUGUGGGGCAGACAAGUGGUGCCGCGCUGGGGAGUGUGUGAACAAGACGCCCAUCCCAGAGCACGUGGACGGGGACUGGAGCCUGUGGGGCACCUGGAGCAUGUGCAGCCGCACGUGUGGCACGGGAGCCCGCUUCCGGCAGAGGAAAUGCGACAAUCCUCCCCCGGGGCCUGGAGGCACGCACUGCCUGGGCGCCAGCGUGGAGCACGCAGUCUGUGAGAACUUGCCCUGCCCCAAGGGCCUGCCCAGCUUCCGUGACCAGCAGUGCCAGAUGCAUGACCGGCUGAGCAGCAAGAAGAAGGGCCUGCUGACAGCAGUGGUGGUUGACGAUAAGCCGUGUGAACUCUACUGCUCGCCCCUCGGGAAGGAGUCCCCGCUGCUGGUGGCCGACAGGGUCCUGGACGGCACGCCUUGCGGGCCCUACGAGACCGACCUCUGUGUGCACGGCAGGUGCCAGAAAAUCGGCUGUGAUGGAAUCAUUGGGUCUGCGGCCAAAGAAGACCGGUGUGGGGUCUGCAGCGGGGACGGCAAGACCUGCCGCGUGGUGAAGGGUGACUUCAGCCACUCUCGGGGCACAGGUUAUAUUGAAGCUGCUAUCAUUCCAGCUGGAGCUCGAAGGAUUCGCGUGGUGGAAGAUAAACCUGCCCACAGUUUUCUGGCUCUCAAAGACUCCAGCAAGAGAUCCAUCAACAGUGACUGGAAGAUAGAGCUCCCUGGAGAGUUCCAGAUUGCAGGCACGACCGUCCGCUACGUUAGAAGGGGCCUGUGGGAGAAAAUUUCCGCCAAGGGACCAACCAAAAUGCCUCUGCAUUUGAUGGUGUUGUUAUUUCAUGACCAAAAUUAUGGAAUUCAUUACGAAUACACCAUUCCCGUAAACUACACUGCUGAAAAUCAAAGUGAACCAGAAAAACCGCAGGACUCCUUGUUCAUCUGGACCCACAGCAGCUGGGAAGGUUGCAGUGUGCAGUGCGGAGGAGGGGAACGCAGAACCAUCGUGUCCUGCACACGGAUUGUUAACAAGACCACGACUCUGGUGAAUGACAGUGACUGCCCUCAAGCCAGCCGUCCGGAGCCCCAGAUCCGAAGGUGCAACUUGCACCCAUGCCAGUCACGGUGGGUGGCAGGCCCGUGGAGCCCCUGCUCAGCGACCUGUGAGAAGGGCAUCCAGCACCGGGAAGUGACCUGCAUGUACCAGCUGCAGAAUGGCACACACGUCGCCACUCGGCCCCUCUACUGCCCGGUGCCCCGGCCAUCGGCAGUGCAGAGCUGCGAAGGCCAGGACUGCCUGUCCAUCUGGGAGGCGUCAGAGUGGUCACAGUGUUCUGCCAGCUGUGGUAAAGGGACAAAGAAACGAACUGUGACAUGCACCAACUCGCAAGGAAAAUGCGAUGCAUCCACGAGGCCGAGAGCUGAGGAGCCCUGUGAGGACUACUCUGGCUGCUACGAGUGGAAAACAGGGGGCUGGUCCAAGUGCUCGUCGACCUGUGGGAAGGGCCUGCAGUCCCGUGUGGUGCAGUGCAUGCACAAGGUCACCGGGCGCCAUGGCAAUGAGUGCCCAACCCUCUCCAAGCCGGCAGCCUACAAACAGUGCCACCAAGAAGUCUGCAAUGACAAGAUCAACGUGAACACCAUCACUUCCCCUCGCCUCGCUGCUCUGACCUACAAAUGCACACGGGACCAGUGGACAGUGUAUUGCAGGGUCAUCCGAGAAAAGAACCUCUGCCAGGACAUGCGGUGGUACCAGCGCUGCUGCCAGACAUGCAGGGACUUCUAUGCGAACAAGAUGCGCCAGCCACUGCCGCCACCAAGUUCAUGACAGGCGGCCAGUGGUCCCGCGAUGCUCCGACAUGAGGUCUGAGUCCUGACGACAUGGCUAGUUGAAAGCCCACCCACCCGAGAGCACACCAGUCCUGCGGCUGGGACCCCCAAAGCACACCGCAGCUCACCCAGGAGGCUGUCCCAAGAAUCCAAUUGCUUAGAACCUGAGAGUGGACUUGACGUUUGCUUAGUGCUUUUAUACUUAAUAUAUUGUUAACAGCCACUGGAUGGCUUUCUACGGUAAGGAAAAAAUAGGCAUGAGUCACAAAAUAAUUGUAAUUUCUAAGGUUCCACGUACCUCAAAGGGAACACCUCUGACAGAAAUCGUCAAGAGAGACGUCACAGGCGCCCCUGUCUUGGAUGUAUCGGGGGAGGGGGAGGAUAUCCAAAAACUGAGACGUUUUACUUUAAAGCAGGCUUUAUUCUGAAAGCCCGUGACACCCUGGAUGGAAGGAGGCUUCUCUGGAGAGGCCGGGCUGCUGGAGCCCCCUUGCCACCACAAGGACCAGCACUUGGCCCCUCCACCCUGUCAGGGAACGUGCUCUCUAGAUCGCGGCUUUUCCUUGGAGGUCUUGUCUCUGAGAGUCUGAGUCUGUGUGAACUAAAAAGGACGCUAGGGCUGUGUAGUUCUGCAUACCACCUACGUGGGGGAGAACAUUCCAGAAGGGCUUGGGUUUGGGGACGUAUCUAGUUUUCAGAUCUCUGUUGUCCCCCACACAGGGAAACAGAAGAGCCUCUCUUCAAGGUGCUGUGAGAGGAGGCACGUGCUAAUUUUGGCCUUGGGAUUGCUUCCUGGCAUAGAGGUGAGCUCAGGGCAGCUUUGGGAGGGGUGGAGGGGCUCCCCCUCUGCUUCUGGGGACCUCUGCUCUAGCCAGUACUUCAUAAAGCUUUGCACCUUAGAGAUGGCUUCCCAUUGACCUUGGCCGUCUAUCUGAAGUUGAUUCUUCUUAGAACCUCUGAAGACUCAGGCUCAGGCCUGGCGCUUCACCCUGGCACGGGGCAGGUUUCCUCCAGGACUGCUCAGCCUAGUGCCAGGAUGGGUGGAGGAGUGGCCCCUGGCCACGAUGGCCACAUACGCACCCAGCCUUUCCAUGGCCCAGACCUUGCAAUGUUCGUCUUUGUCAUGCUGUCGUUGUUGACCCGUCUUAGUGGGGCAAGAAUGACACUCAGAAAAUCCGGAAGAAGGUAUUUGCCUCCUACAGACACCUCACCCCUCAAAACAGAACUGUGCCCUCUCUGGAGCCCAGGGAGAUGAAAAGAGUGUCCUCUGUGAAAGCACAGAAGAUGGUACGACCCUGCCUGCCCGGGAGCUGGGAGGAGGGGACCCGACAUGCUGGGAGGUCUGGUCUACUGACCAACUUGGUGGGCCUUUGAUGGGUGCUUAUAUUCAAGGACUUUAUCUUGAGAAACCCACCCUCUCCUCCCUUAUUUCAGAGGGGAUCUUACUUAGGCUAAUCUCCAUGGGAUCAUCUCCCAGUGCUUCUUGAUUUACUGGUGCUGUGUUUAUGUAUCUGUGUUUGAGUUUUUGAUGUCACAACUUUAGAGUCAGCUUAAAUCAGAAAGAAAAAGAAACACUCUGCCACCCCAAGCCCGUCUUAUGGGCUGUGUUUUGGUUUGUGAUUUUUUACUGCCCCAGAGGCAGAAAAGUGGUAGGGAUGGCAGGGAAUCUAUUCAGUUCCACCUGAAUCUGUGAGAAGUGUUGAGAAAACUCCUUAGGUGUUCUGUGGAAAGACCCCAGAGGGUACCAGGCUGGGGCAGCUCACCUGCAAGGUAACCUCCAGCGGCUGCCCAGGGCCUGUGCAGAACGCUGUCCUCCCUGCUCCGGCUUGGCCGCGAGCAGACUCCCCAGGCCCCUCCAAGUCUUGGGGAGCUAGGGCUCAGUUUUCCCCCAGCCCCAAAUGGGCUGUACUUUACCACAGAUGAACAGAAAGCUCUCAGCCUCGAGGGCUGAGGAGCAGAGUCGGGGCAGCAAGCUAAGGAAGCCGGGGCAGCCUUGCUUACUGUCUGCAUGGGAACCAUGGGCCCACCUGAGCUGGGCAAGCAUGUGCACAUGCCCAGAGGCGAGCCCGUUGCCUGGUGCCUCUGAAUCUCCCCCCUGGCCACCUUGACGGUAUCAACUGGACGCCCCUGGCAAGGGCCCCACACCCUCAGAAUGCAAAUGACUGAUUCAGUUAUUGUUAAACAUCCCUUUGGUUCCCCAAAGUUUAGGUCUUUCUGAGCUCUUUUAGCUCAUGCUGGCACUGUCACUCUGAAAUUCACCAGCCCGCCUUCUGUUCACGGCACAAGCAAUGAUCAAUUUCAGUGAAGCCAUCAUAGCACUCUUGCUCCACUUUGUACAGAAGACAAUGAAACCCUGUCAUUACAACAGUGAUGUUUCUUUAUGGUUAACAAUACCCUGUACUGUCACUCAAGUACUGUACCUUUUUGGUUGCACAAAUGUGUUACUAACUACAGAGUCUCACAAUCUUAUGGUGCUAUUUUCAUUGGUGCAAGUGAAACCCUCUCAGUUGACCAUGGCUUGAUAUUAUCAGAACACAGGGAAAGAUCCUCAAUGGCAGUAAUAUCAUUGCUUUGUUCUCUUUUCUUCAUUUCAGAGUCAAAUGUAUAUAUUUUCCAUUAGCUAACUUACAUUACGUACUGUACCCAUGGUAUUUUUGUUUUACUUUUUGGUGCUGGUUUGAAAGAAAAGAAAAAAAAAAGAACAGAAGACAAACAAUGGACACCACUGUAAAUGAAAAAUUAAGCAUUUCAUUGGAACUGCUUGGAUUCCAGUUUGUUAGAUGAAAUUGACAAGCAAUCAAUCAGCAAGUGUUGAGUGAGCUACUAUUAGGAACCAAGCACUUCCUGGAGCCACUGAGAACACAAAUGGACAAAAGACCUGCUCCGGAGCCCACAGCCCCUCAGACAAGCCUGGAGUCCUGGACAACAGAGAAUGAGUGAGAGCUGCAGGAACUCCAAAAAAGAAAGUUCUCUAUCCCACAGGCCAAGGACCAGGUUUCAUCCAUUCCAAGUGUACAUUCAGGGACAGGGGAAAUAAUCACUGGUUGACCGCAAGGGCCCACUGGGUCCACUGUGAACCAAACAUGUAUCAGGACUCCAUUUAUUACAUGAACUCCACCCCACUUCACUCUUAAAGGAGGACCAGGAUAACACUCUGGGUCCUCAGCAACAAUAUCAACUUGGAUCCUGUGUGCAGCAGAAAGCGAAUUCCACCAGGGCAGAAAACAGGUCCCUCUUGGGUAUGGCUGGAUCCCUGGUUCCCAGCACAUGCAUGUCCCAACCUAUUUGGACGUGCCCUCUGCCCAGCCCCUGGCUGUGGGGUGGUGCCCAGCGAUGCCACACCGCUGCUCUCAGCACAAGCUUCUAGAUACCACAAUAAAGAAAAAAAAAAA